CUCUCCUCCUCGGCUGCAGGGAGAGGUGGUUCAGAUGGCGGGGAUGGGCAUCGCCUUUUGAAAGCGGAAUGUAUUUGAUCCCGGCAGAGAUUCAGUCAGGGAUUCAUCUCCACAUGUGACUCCCGUGCUGUGAUGUAGCCUCUGCGUGAUUACUGUGUGCAGGGCGAGCUGUCGACCACUGUCUUAAUUAAUUAAUUUCUUUGGAGGAGGAGGAGCAGGAACGUAUCUUUGGUGGAGGGAAGAAACUGCCUUUCAACGAAUGAAGGAAUCUGUUGAAGAUUUAAAACGAAUCGCCUGCAGAAUCAUUCAGGUCUUAAUGAAAUGUUCGAUGCCACAUUACGUAAAAGGACUGUAUAUAGCUGCUUGGAUAAUAUCCUUCGUGCAUCAUCCGCUGGUAUCAUUGAACGGGAAUGAAGAUGCGGUGCAUACUGAGUGAUCUCACCGCGGGAGAGAGGCGCUGUGUGCGGGUGGAAAACGGAUCGCUGGUGGUUAUUGUUGGCUCUCAACAGUCGAGCGGUUCCUUACAAUAGACAGAAAAAAGAAAGUCACCCGGUACCGAGGCUACUACGGUUUCUGGGGCAGCCAGGAGCGGAUUGUUACCGGAGACCUGCAGAGCCCCACAAGGAGCCUGCCAGAUGGAUCACUAUUCUACUUUGCAACUGCAGUGUCUGGAGAUGACCACGAAGCGGAAGCUGAUAGGCCGGCUGGUGCCGUGUCGCUGUUUCCGGGGCGAGGAGGAGGUGAUCUCGGUGCUGGACUACUCCCACUGCAGCCUGCAGCAGGUGCCCAAGGAGAUCUUCAGCUUCGAGAGGACGUUGGAGGAACUCUACCUGGACGCCAACCAGAUAGAGGAGCUACCCAAGCAACUGUUCAACUGCCAGGCCCUGAAGAAGCUCAGCAUGCCUGACAAUGACCUGUCCAACCUGCCCCCCUCCAUCGCAAGCCUGGUCAACCUCAAAGAGCUGGACAUCAGUAAAAAUGGUAUCCAGGAGUUCCCAGACAAUAUCAAGUGUUGUAAAGGCCUGUCUGUGGUUGAGGCCAGCGUCAACCCAAUUGCCAAACUCCCAGAGGGGUUCACCCAGCUCCUGAAUCUGACCCAGCUCUUCCUCAACGAUGCCUUUCUGGAGUAUCUCCCUGCUAAUUUUGGAAGACUCUCCAAGCUACGGAUCCUGGAGCUACGAGAAAACCAUCUAAAAACAAUGCCAAAGUCCAUCCACAGACUGUCCCAGCUGGAACGGCUGGAUCUGGGGAGCAACGAGUUCUCUGAGAUGCCAGAGGUAUUGGAACAGAUCCAUAACCUGAAGGAACUGUGGAUGGACAAUAAUUCUCUACAGUCAAUACCAGGGUCACUAGGUAAAUUGCGGCAGCUUCGCUACUUGGACUUGGCCAAGAACCGCAUCGAGACGUUAGACACAGACAUCUCAGGCUGUGAGAACCUCGAAGACCUCCUACUGUCCUCCAAUAUGCUGCAGCACCUCCCGGACUCUAUAGGAAUGUUGAAGAAAAUGACGACACUGAAGGUAGACGACAACCAGCUGACCUCACUGCCUAACACCAUCGGGAGUGUGAAGGCCAAGCAUGGUCUGUCUCUGCUGGAGGAGUUGGACGUCAGCUGUAACGAGCUGGAAUCGCUGCCCUCGUCCAUCGGGUACCUGCACAACCUGAGAACCUUCGCCGCCGACGAGAACUUCCUCACGGAGCUGCCCAGAGAGAUCGGUAACUGUAGAAAUGUCACCGUGAUGUCGCUACGGUCGAACAAACUGGAGUUCCUGCCCGAUGAGAUCGGACAGAUGACCAAACUACGGGUUCUCAACCUCAGCGAUAACAGGUUAAGGAAUCUGCCCUUUACCUUCACUAAGUUGAAGGACCUAGCAGCUUUAUGGCUCUCUGACAAUCAGUCCAAGGCCCUGAUCCCCCUCCAGACGGAGGCCCACCCAGAAACCAAGCAGAGGGUCCUGACGAACUACAUGUUCCCCCAGCAGCCUCGCCAUGAUGAGGACUACCAGUCGGACAGCGACAGCUUCAACCCGGCUCUGUGGGAGGAGCAGCGGCAGCAGAGGAUGACGGUCGCCUUCGACUUUGAGGAGAAGAAGGAGGAGGAGGACAACUCUGGGAAGGUCAAGGUGGAGAUCAACCUGAAGCGUUACCCCACCCCGUACCCCGAGGACCUGAAGAACAUGGUCAAGUCGGUGCAAAGCCUUGUGGGUAAGAACGUGCACGGCGGCCACGUGCACCAGCACCAGCACCAGCUCAGCACGGGCACCGCCACCUCGGCCGGCACCAACAUAGAACACACACACCUGAGCCAGGAGCCCUACGACCCCCCCUGGCCGCUCCCCCCCAAAGAGGUUACAGACAGAGACAUGCAGGACUUCUCUCAGACCCAGCUAAUGGAUCAGGGAUCGAUCCAUAACUCUGGAAUCGAUAUUCCUAAAAGGAAGGACAAGGAGGAGCUCACAGAGAGCUCCGAGGACUCCAUGGGUGGAUCUCCAAACGACAUCCGUAUCUCUGACAUGAGACCCACCCUGGUAGAGCCCCCGAUGUACAAACCCAAAGUGGUGCUUCUGGGCAAGGACAAGAAAGAGUCGACUGACGAGGAGGUGGACAAGAUGCACUGCCUGAACCACAGCGGUUCCUCGGCCACCUACUCGGACUACUCCCCGUCGCAGGGCUCCUCGGGGUCCUCCAACCCCCCCGGGGGCACGCACCCCCACCCCCACCCCCACGCGCUCUCACACGCACACGCGCACGCGCAGGCACACACGCGCUCGCACACGCCCACCCUGCCGACGCCCGGCAAGGAGCAGGCGCCACAGACCCACUGGACCAACAGAUUGGCUCAGUCCUUCCCCAAGCCCAUUGACUCCAAGCCCCUGCUUUCUCAAAGGGAAACCCCUCCAUCAGGCACCUUGCAGCAGCACGGAGACCGACGCCCACUCAGCGAGCCCUUUGAUUGGUCAGAAGCGCCGCACUACGACAACACAGGUUUCGAUGCCGAAGAAUCUCCCAUGGAUUCCCAGACCCCCGCCGGUAGCCACGGUAACCCCCCGCUGGGCUCCAAACCCCGCAGCCAAUCGGCACACGGUCGCCGCCCCCUCCUGCGGCAGGAGCGAAUCGUGGGGGUUCCUUUGGAGCUGGACACCCAGACCCUCCCCUUCCACAGCAACCAGCGCUCCAACCCCGACAGCAACCCCCCGCCCCCGGCCCCCCCGCCCCCCCAGAACCCCUGGCAGAACUGGACCCGCACGCCCAGCCCCUUCGAGGACCGGACCGCCUUCCCCUCCAAGCUGGACCUCACGCCCUCGUCCAGCCCCAACCCCGACCGCAAGGAGCUGGAGUCCAGGCUGGAGCAGGCAGGGGCCAGCCCACUGCCUGGCAACUGGAGUUACCAUGACAACCAGGAGCAGAACAGGAAGGAGCAGCUGAGUGUCGGCGGGGGCAACAAGGUAACGGUGGUGAUGAGCAAGAGCUCGGAGCGCCUGUCGCCCAUGAUGAAGGAGAUGCGCUCCAAGUUCAAGAAGUCCCAGAGCAUCGACGAGAUCGACAUGGGCUCCUACAAGGUCUACAGCAUUCCCAUGGACAGCUACAGCUCGUCCAUCGAGCAGCAGGCCAGCCUGGAGCGGCCGGACCUUCACGGCUCCAUGGAGCAGAGCAACAUGUCGCGCUCCCAGUCCGCCCCCAUGCUGGACGACGAGAUGGGCUUCAGCGGGAACGCCUCCAGCAACCACAACCACAGCCAGCAGGGCGGCGGCCAGAAGCCCGCCAUCCCCCACAAGGCGUACCACUUCGACCACAACUACAACCCCCAGCAGGUGACCAUGGACCGCAGGGCUCCGCCCCCUUUCCCGACCACGCCCGACUACGCCAACCACUCAGGGAAGGCCCUGGAGUACAUGAACCAGCCGGGCAAGACCCUCCCCAAAGACAUGGUGAGCCCCCGUUACCGCGGCUACCCGCCUCUGGAGAUGUUCUCCUUCCCCCAGCCGCCAAUCAACCAGGAGGGCCCGCCCCCCCAGCAGCAGCAGCAGCAGCAGCAGCAGCAGCAGCAGCAGCAGCAGCAGCAGCAGCCAAUCCCGUCGCAGCGCUCCCGGCCGGGGUUCCUGCGGCGGGCCGACUCCCUGGUGAGCUCCACGGAGCUGGCCCUGUUCCGCAGGGUCCACGAGGCCCAGCAGGAGGCGCUGCAGGAGUCCCAGUACCGGCAGCAGGCCGAGCCCCCCCACUACGGUCGCUCCCUGGCCUACUCCACCCUCAUGGACCACUCCUCUGCCCUCGCCAACAUGGCCGAGAGCCAGGGCCAGCUCAUGCACAACAAGAGGAACGGUCGCUACGACGACGACUACUCUGCGUACCAGGAGCAGAAGAAGCCCAUGAUUGGCUACCCGACCAAGAGCCUGACUCAGCGUCGCCCCCUGUCGGCCAGGAGCUACAGCACAGAGACCUACGGCGCUUCCCAGGCGCGUCCGGUCUCCGCACGGCCCACCAUGGCCGCCCUGCUGGAGAAGAUGCCCCCCGACUACACGCUGGCCACCUGCCCCGAGAAGCCCUCCGAGGACACCAUCAAGGUGCGGCCCGGGCCGCAGCCCAAGCCCGGUGACAUCACCUCCAAGAUGCCCGCCGACUGGAGGCAGCAGCUGCUCCGACACAUCGAAGCCAAGAGGAUGGACCGGAGUGGUGUCCUAAAGCACAACACGCUCACCCUGGGCAUGCUCUGUCAGGGCGGGGUUCACGCCCAGGGCCGCAGCAGCACUUUGAACUUUAACCUUUACAAUAACAUUAAGCAUGCGCCCCCUGCUGGCCAGUGGCUGCCACUACCGCCUCCUCCAUCCGCUACCGCUACGCCUCAGCAGGGUGCCAUGCUGGACAACGACCAGGAGGGGGGGACAGCGAGCAGCCAGUGGGCUCUCUACUCCCUCGGCAGGCGGGACGUGCCGCCUGAUAACGUCAUGAAGAAGAAUGUCCACGCCCACAACCCCUCCCACCAGCAGCACAACACCAUGAUGGUCACCUCCUCUUCCGGCUCCUCGGCCACGCCCCCUCACCGCGGGAUGGGCCAGCAGGGCUACGAGGGCGGGGCCAUCAACAAGGGCGGCCAGUACCAGCAGGGGAUGGUCAUGGCCAUCUCGCCCUCUGGGGGCGGGGGCCAAUACCAAGCCCUGCCCCUCGCACUGACCUCUCCCAGCCAGCCCUACCCCGGCGGGGGGGUGUCCAUGUCCAUGACCCCCUCCGGCAACCAGCCCCAGUACGCCUCGCACCCGCCCUCCCUGCCGGCCACCAACCCCCAGUACCACAGUAACCACGGCAACCACGGCAACCACGGCAACCACGGCAACCACGGCAACCAGGGCAUGGUCCACAGCGGACAGGCGGGCAUGGGGACCCACACCAACCCGCGGCCCCAGAGCGCGCGCUGCCUCCUGCAGACCAAAGGGCAGAAGAGCAUCGACGGCUUCCAGGACCAGAUGUGCGUGCGGAUAGAGAAGAACCCCGGUCUGGGUUUCAGUAUCUCGGGGGGCAUCAGCGGGCAGGGGAACCCCUUCAAGCCCUCCGACAUGGGUAUCUUUGUUACUAGGGUACAGCCUGACGGACCAGCCUCUGCCUCCCUGCGGCCGGGGGACAAGAUCCUGCAGUGAAGUGUUUCUGAGCUAGCGCUGCCCCCAGUGUCUGCGCCCCCCCCUGCUCCCACCCACCACACACACACUGCCUGAGACCCACGCACACGCACACGCACACCAGUGCAUGACGUCAUCGGAACAGCCAUACCUACCGCAUUAAGCGACGUAUACAAAGAUACUCACGCACACACAUCCACCCAUCCAACCACACGCACAGACACACACACAACCAUCAACCCACACACACACACACACACACGCGCGCGCACACGCACACACGCACACAGAUCCAUGCAUGGAACCCCGGAAAUGCACAUACGCACACAUAUAAGGUACAUGCAUUGUUCUCUUACGCGCACGCAAACACACACACACACCCACAAACACACAUUCUCUCUCUCCUUCACAAACACACACACACACACACACACACACACACACACACACACACACACACACACAUGCUGUUGACUGUGCUGCGUGUUUGCCUUGCAGGCUAAUGGACAUAGUUUUUUACACAUGGAGCACGAGACAGCCGUCUCUCUGCUGAAGAGCUUCCGGUGGGCGGUGGACUUGGUGGUUCUGAGGGACAGCAGCACAUGCUAAAAUCUAGUUUUCCAAACAAACAAAGAAAGACAGACUGACAGACAGACAAACACACCAUCGACGCUUCUGUUCACAUUGCCACAUCUCCCUACUCCACCAUUACUGCCCCCUGCUGGAGGUGUGUGGAACUGGACACAAUCAUCCAGGCCACCUUUUAUUUCCCCUAUUAGAGAACCACACCCGGGACAAUUUGCCUAUUGCUGGACCAAAGGCAAUACUAGUGCCAAAUGUAUCAUAAGAGAACACAAAGACUCUCAGACGAUCUCUCUUUCCGCCAGUACUUGCAGAAAUGAAAGAAGACAGGAUGGUGACUGAUUCUACUCUUCAUUUGGUUGGACGAGUGACUACAGGGCUGCUGCAGUUUUAAACUGUGUGGUUGGUUUGUUAGUUAGCUGUUCCGAUUGUUUUCUUCUGCGGGUGGGUAUUUGACUUGGUUUUUUAUUUAUUUAUAUUGCUGCCUUUUUGAUUUAGCUGUGCUUUGUGAGAUGGCUUUAUUUUAUGCUUGUAGACAGCUGCUUUUAGUCUGCGUUCUUUUCUGCUUUGCUUUGUCCAUGAAUUUCUGUCCUGUUCAUUGGAUCUUUUUUGUCGUUUUCAUUUGGUCUUCUCUGUUUGUGUUUUGUUGCGUUGCGUGUCGUUUUGCAUCCUGUGUUUGGAUCUGAAGUGUGUGCUGCCUGGUGAAGGUACUCUGCCUUGCGUAUGUGUGUAGAGAAACAGCAUUCCCAUUGGUCUCAGCCACAAGGGGAUAUACUGUACACACAUGUAGGCGAUGAGUAUUAUAUUAUUAUUAUUGAUAAGAAAUUGUAUUCUCUCCAUUGGGGAUCCAACAGGGACCUUUUCUCUGAGUGGACUUUUUUUUUUUUUAAGUAGAUGAUGCCGCUUACUGUUUCUUUCUUUUCUGUAAACAAUAAUUGAGUAGUUCACCACUUCUACCUGCUGCUCUGUUUGACGUGAUGCCAUUCGUUUCAAACAGCCAUGCUGACUUAAAAGAGCUAAAGCAAUAUCUGCUGGUCCUUCCGCAGUGGUGUCACCAGGACCUCCCUACAGUGCCAUCUAGUGAACGAUCCAUGCUAUUGUUUACACACAGAAACACACACACAUACACACACACACACACACACACACACACACACACAGGCGUCAUGCGCUACAGCCCUCCCGCAGUCCAACACAGCCUCCACAGCGGUUCACGGUGGUUCUUAAGCAUAGAUUCUGCUACUGGAAGUCCUGAACAAAUUUUAAGGGAACUGAGUUUACAAUCCAGAUGUAUUACAUAACAACACCAACACUAACAAGUCGCACCUUGUUAAAUGUUUUUAUUUGUCUCCAUUAUGCGUGCCAUAUCUUUGAGAUACAUGACACUGUUAUGUUGUAAAAUUGCCGCCAAAAGAAUGACAGGCCUCAAAGGUCACAGCAUGCGCUCAUACCAAUCAUUGCUUCACUGAGCCAAUCUGACCCCCGGUGCACAGGCUCCGGGGUCCACCUGGAAGUACAAUACGGUGUGUCUACCGGCAGGACCAACAGCCAGCCUUUCACCCGAGGGACUCGACCAGAGCCCUGCAUCAGCAGCCCUGCUUCAGUGCCCCUGAGCCCGCGAUGAGACCGUGCUGGUUGAGCUCUGUGCGUGUUUUUGAGCAGACCUUGUACUGUAUUCUGCCUGGGGAGCGAGUACAAGGAAGCAAACAGUAUUUCUUUCUUUUGGGAGAUUUAAAUCAGGAAUUGCACAAAACUGGUUGGUUUUUAUGAUUCCACUUCCACUAAUGCAGCUUUUUUAUGUUUUUUUUGCCGAAGAUAUAGUCCAGAGCAAUUCUGUUUACAUUUACAUUACAUUUACUUUUGCACAACUUGCUAUUAUUAUUAUGAUUAUUAUUAUUAUUAUUCAUUUUGUAUAGAUUGAGGCAAGGGAACAUUCAACACGGAUAUGGUAAAGAGACCACGCAUAUUCACGCACACUCAAUUCUCAUAAUCUCAGUCCAGUUUUUGGCUGUUUGUGAUGCUCUUAACGACCAUGGGAACUCUAGUUUAUUAAGAUACACGUGAUAGUGCAGGGUGGACCCCAUAGUGGUGGAGCUAAAGCUAGCCUAGCGCAACCACAGAGACGAACACCAACCCUUAAGAGUUUGAACUAUCGAAUAAAUUGUGAGGAGAACAAAAAGUAAAAUGGUUUGAUAAUAUAACGAUUUUAUACGACUUGUUUCAGGUAAUUCUUUCUAAAUAUAUUGAUAUAUCUUAGCUUUGCUCAAAAAGAAUUGUGAUAUUUUAUAAGGACACUUAUAUCAAAGUUAUGGAUCAAAGUACGCACAGUAUGACAUGGAAACCUUCACAUGUACUCUCUAAAGCUGUAUAAAAUGUAUUUCUACCGUAAUUGUGAAUUAAUGUUAUACAAAUAUAUAUAUAAAUAUAUAUGUAUAUAUAUUAUAUAUAUAUGUGUAUAUGGCUAUGAAAAGGUCAUUUCUUAUGUGUUUAAAAACCACUGGAAAGGGAAGGAGUAUGGCCGUGGGAGACGGCGUCACUGUACAUAGCUGGGAGUGGAACCCAGAGGCUAGAAGGACUCAUUGAUGGUGAAUGUACUCAUGCUUACUGCAGUCCCAACACCUACCCAACUUCAAUGCUGCUUCUUCUGUUGUGUGACAAAAUCUACUUUGACCUCCGAGAGAAGGAGAGGAAAACAAAUGUUGAGCUUUAGGUUGAACCGAUUUAACUGGCGACUUUGACAAAGCUAUUUAUUUAAUUAUUUAUAAUAUGGAUUUAUUUAUUUGGUUGAAUUGCACAUGCGAGUUGAAACCCUUCUGUUUAUAAAUUGAGUAUUAAUGCAGAGAUAUGUAAUUGCCGAAGUAUAUAUAAAUAUAUAUCAUGUGUUUAGAAUGCAUUUUGCAGAUGCUAUCUGUACAUACUAUUUAAGAUACAGUUUUUACAAAAAUAAUAUAUGUAUAAAAUUGAAAAAAUGCUGUGCAGCGAUUAUACUGAAGCCAUUUUGGGCUUUGGGAUGUACCAUUUUUCAGUAUAUAAGAGGUGUUUUAAAUAAUGUAUUAAAGUCUAUUGUACAAAUAAUAAAAAUGUCACUAUUGGUAA